AUGGCGGUACUGGCGCUCGACCAGGGGCAAGGUAAACACCCACUGGACUGCGGUCCCCGCACUCGCGCUCAGUGCCUGGGCCCCCUGGAGGCGCCAGCGGGAGCCGAAAGCCCCUCCCCUGUCCGCCCCCCAUCCCCCGGGGUACCAUCCCAGCCUCCGACCUCCCCGCGUGGUGGACUUCCGCGUCGCGAGGAGAGCCCCCCCUCUCCGACGGCCCCGCCUCCCCGGGGCGGCUCCCGCGGCCCGCAGGGGGCGUGCGGUCCGGAGUGUGCCCUGUCUCGUGGCCCCACACGCCCCGUCCUUUGCCCGCCCUUUGCCCGCCUUCCUCCACCCCCGGCGUGGGUGAUCGUGAGGCUCGGGGCACUUCGGAACAGAAGCCCGGAGACGCCGUCGUCGACGUCGCCACCGUUGGUGCUUCUCCCGCUGCCCCCGGCCCCCCAAUCUCCUCCUCCGCCCUCAGCCCCGACGCAGUCCUCUCUCCGAGCCCAGCUAGGCUCUCGGUGUUGGCCCGGCCCCGGCGCCGCGCCGCCUCUCGCCGAGUCCGAUCGGUUCGACUUGCGACUCUGCGUUGUUUUCUUUCCCAGGACUGGUUCCGAGGGGGCCGCAGGCGCGCAGACUCGCCCCUCUCGGGAGCGCCCCUGUCCAACGCGGGAGCGGCUCCUCGUAGAGAGGCUGGACAGGACCCCAGAGGUGCGUACCCGCCCCUGCUCGGCCGGCGGGGGGGUGGGGGAGAGCCCGGGCUUGGUCCGCGGCCCCGUGCUAGCAGGGGAUGUGGAAGGAUUCUCUUCCUCCAUUCAUGACACCAGUAUUUCUGCUGGGUUCAGAGCACUAUACGAGGAAGGAUUGCUUCUUGAUGUUACUCUGGUCAUUGAAGAUCAUCAGUUCCAAGCCCAUAAAGCGCUCCUGGCCACCCAGAGUGAUUACUUCAGGAUAAUGUUUACUGCUGACAUGAGGGAGUGAGAUCAGGACAAAAUUCAUUUAAAAGGUCUUACUGCUACAGGUUUCAGCCAUGUUCUGCAGUUUAUGUACUAUGGAACCAUAGAACUGAGUAUGAAUACUGUUCAUGAGAUUCUUCAGGCUGCCAUGUAUAUCCAACUCAUAGAAGUGGUGAAGUUCUGCUGCUCUUUUCUAUUAGCAAAAAUCUGCUUAGAAAAUUGCGCAGAAAUUAUGAGACUCUUAGAUGAUUUCGGUGUAAACAUCGAGGGAGUCAAGAAGAAGCUGGACACCUUUCUGUUAGACAACUUUGUGACACUCAUGUCCAGGCCUGACUUCCUGUCUUAUCUAAGCUUUGAGAAGCUCAUGUCUUAUUUGGAUAAUGAUCAUCUGAGCAGGUUCCCAGAGAUAGAGCUGUACGAGGCUGUGCAGUCUUGGCUGCGGCAUGAUAGAAGACGCUGGAGACAUACUGAUACCAUCAUUCAGAACAUCAGGUUUUGUUUGAUGACACCAUCCAGUGUUUUUGAGAAGGUUAAGACAUCAGAAUUUUAUAGAUACUCCCGACAGCUGCGGUUUGAAGUUGACCAAGCUUUGAAUUACUUUCAGAAUGUUCACCAGCAACCUUUGAUGGAAACAAAAUCUAGCCGUAUCCGUUCUGCCAAACCCCAAACUACAGUAUUCCGAGGAAUGAUUGGACAUAGCAUGGUAAACAGCAAAAUACUACUCUUAAAGAAACCAAGAGUGUGGUGGGAGCUGGAGGGGCCGCAAGUACCCCUACGACCAGACUGCUUGGCUGUUGUCAAUAACUGUGUCUUUCUGUUGGGUGGGGAGGAACUGGGGCCAGAUGGUGAAUUCCACGCUGCUUCGAAAGUUUUCAGGUAUGACCCAAGACAAAACUCUUGGCUACGAAUGGCAGACAUGUCUGUGCCACGUUCCGAAUUUGCAGUUGGCAUUAUUGGAAAGUUCAUUUACGCUGUUGCAGGAAGAACCAGGGAUGAGACCUUCUAUUCAGCUGAGAGAUAUGACAUCACUAGUGACAAGUGGGAAUUCGUGGAUCCUUAUCCUGUCAACAAAUAUGGACAUGAGGGGACAGUGCUCAAUAACAAGCUGUUUAUCACUGGUGGAAUCACCUCAUCUUCCACUUCCAAACAAGUGUGUGUGUUUGACCCCAGUAAGGAAAGGACUGUGGAGCGGACCAGGAGAACUCAAGUAGUUACCAACUGUUGGGAGAACAAGAGCAAAAUGAAUUACGCAAGAUGCUUUCACAAGAUGAUUUCUUACAAUGGCAAGCUUUAUGUCUUUGGUGGUGUCUGUGUGAUCCUGAGGGCCUCUUUUGAAUCUCAGGGAUGCCCUUCGACAGAGAUGUACAAUCCAGAGACUGAUCAGUGGACCAACUUGGCAUCCAUGCCUAUCGGUAGAAGCGGCCAUGGUGUGACUGUGCUGGGCAGACAAAUCAUGGUUCUUGGAGGCCUUUGCUAUAAUGGCCAUUACAGUAAUUCCAUUCUCACUUUUGAUCCUGAAGAAAAUAAAUGGAAGGAAGAUGAGUACCCUCAGAUGCCCUGCAAGCUGGAUGGUUUACAAGUAUGCAACCUGCAUUUUCCUGAAUAUGUACUGGACAAGGUUAGACGUUGCAACUGA